AUGUCGUCAACAAAAGGCCUAGCCCUCGUCACAGGCGCGAAUGGCUUCAUUGGAGCCCGAACAGUUGAAGCCUUCCUCCUGGCCGGCUACUCAGUCCGCGGCGCCGUCAGAUCCCCCCGGUCCGCAGCGGAGCUCACGGCCGCUCUACCCUCGCAAGCCGCAUCCGGCCAAUUAUCAACAACCAUCGUCCCGGACAUCACAGUCCCAGGCGCCUUUGACGAAGCAGUCCAAGGUGUCACCUCCAUAGCCCACCUCGCGAGCCCCGUCGACUUCACCAACACAAACGUCGACCAGGUCCUGGGGACCGCCGUGCAGGGCACCCUGGGCAUCCUGGAAUCGGCGACAAAGGUGACCGGGCUAAAGUCCUUUGUGUACAUGUCCUCCAUCGUGGCAAUCCGGGGUUCGAGCCCCAAAUUCCAAGGGCGCGUCGUCACGGAAGCGGACUGGAACGAUGAGGCGGAGGAGAUCCUCGCGAAAGCGGGCACCGAGGCGACGGGCCACCAGAUCUACGGCGCCAGCAAGGUCAAGGCGGAACGCGCUUUCUGGGACUUUAAGGAAAAGAACCAAGGACGGAUCCAUUUCAGCAUGACGGCGAUCAACCCCGUGUGGGUCGCUGGGCCGCCGCUGAUCCUCCCCGAGGACCCCAAGAAGCUGAGCGACACCGCCAUCGUCGCAUACCGCGUCAUGAGCGGCGAGGAGGUUCCGCCAGUUGGACCUGGAAACGGGACGCACGUCGAUGCCCGCGAUGUCGGUCGGCUCAUUGUGUUCGCCGCCGAUCGGCCUGAUGUGGCUGACGGGCAGCGCUUCAUUGCUGGCGGAAAUGGCAACUUUGCCAAUAUCCAAGCCUAUUGCGACCUGCUGAGAAAAGCGUACCCCAAUAGGGCUAACAUUAUCAAAGAGGGUGAGCCAGGGAAGGGAUAUUUGGAAGACUACGGCGAGCCACCCGAGUCGCGAAGGGUUGACGCGACGAAGGCUUCAAAGGCCACUGGGCAGGGUUGGAUUCCUUUCGAUAAGAUGAUAUUGGAUGCGGCGAAGGCUUAUGAGAUGUACUUCUAA